UAACCGCAACCAAUCAGCAGCUAGAUAGCAGGCGAUAUUUUCCACUGACGUGGACCAAUCAGAUUAAAGAGCAUGAAAGAGCUUCAGCAGCACGAGCCGCUCAGCACCAGAGUCUGAGAUGGAGACAUCAAGAGUCGCUCUCAUCGCUCUCGUGUGUGUUCUGUUCUUCAGUCAGAAGAGGAUCUCUGGAGCAGAAGUGGAGAUGAGAGUCAGACCAGGAGACGACGUCACUCUCUACUGUGACUGUGUUUGGAGAGAUGGAUUUUAUCCGGUGUGGUUUAAAAACUGCUCAGAAAAAGAUCAUACUCCUGUUAUCAUCUCUAGUUACAAAGUGAUUCAUGGUGAUUUUCCACGUUAUUCGAUUCUGUUGAACGUUUCCAGCAACACUCAAAAUCUGCUGAUUAAAAACAUCACAGAAUCAGAUCAGGGCCUGUACUACUGCGCUCUGAGUGAGAAGAAGGUUACAGACAAUGAAAAAGGUCCAAUACAGAGCACUGACGUUUAUCACUAUGGAAACAGAUCAACUCGACUCUUUGUACUCGCAGAACCCUGUCACAGUCUAUCAGAGGAGAGUGUAAGCUGUGUAAGCUGGAGUCAGGUUUUCAGUGUGUGUGUUGUGUGUGUUCUCCUCUCCUCACUCCUCUCCUCCAUCUGUGUGUACUGCGUCUGCACAAACACCACUAAAGCGAGAAUCAAAGCUGAUCUGACAGGAAGUGACAAAAGGACGACUCUGAGACGUGAAGAGGUCGGAGAUGAUGAGGUUUGUUACGCCUCACUGGACAUCCAGAAGCUCGAGAGGAAGAAGAUGAAGAGGAAGAAAAGAAUUCAGCACUCUGAUUUCAGCACAUACUCAGAGGUCAGAACUGAGAGAACUGAGAGAUUCUGAGGAGGCGUUAAUGAAUUCUGAACUUCCUGUUACAUCACAGUGUUUUAUUCUGAUCAACUGUUUUUACUUCCUAUAUGACUUUCAUCCUAAUGAGAGUAAUUAAUUUGAGAUUCUUGCUGCAUGUGCUUUAUGGUUUUAUUACUGAUGUCUGAUUCAUUCUUAUUCUUUGUAUUAUAUACUGAACUAAAUUAAAAUGUUGAAGUGAGAUUUAUAUCAACGUCUGUAAUGUAUUUCAGAAUAUGCUGAUAAAUAAAAAAAAUAUGAAACAUUA